AUGCCGCUGCAGCGCGCUUUGUCGGCCCAGGCUGGCACUCUCGACGCUGCGGCACCCGUGCUGAACCCGCGAACAGAGUCAGAGGUCGACGUCCAGCUUGCUCAGCAGAACCUCAGGAACUUGGACCCGGCUCACUCGCUCGACCCCGCACGGACGGGCAGCUCGGAGACGGUCGUCGCAGAGGAGAAUGGAGCGUCGACCGCACCAUCCGAACCCAAGCCGGUCGACCAGCAGGUCAUCCCGAAGAACAACAUGCCCAUCGUCAUGUUCUGCCUGGCGUUGACGACGUUCCUAGCGGCGCUUGACCAAACCAUCGUUGCGACCGCUCUCUCGACCAUCUCGAAGGACCUGAACGGCACGACAGGCUCGCUAAGCUGGGUCAGCGCAGCGUACUUGCUCUGCGUCACGUCGCUCGCGCCUUGCUACGGCAAGCUGAGCGACUACUUCGGGCGGAAGAUUGUCUUUUUCUCCUCAAUCGUGGUAUUCAUCAUUGGAUCCGCUCUCUGCGGCGCCGCUCAAGACAUCGUCUGGCUCUGCGUCUGCCGCGGCGUGCAAGGCGUGGGAGGAGGAGGCGUUAUGCAGAUGACGCAGGUCGUGGUGAGCGAUAUCACGACCCUGCAGUCGAGGAGCAAGUACACCGGCAUCAUCGGCGCGACCUGGGGUUUCGCCGCCGUCGUCGGCCCUCUUCUGGGCGGUGUCCUGACAUCGAAAGCGUCCUGGAGGUGGUGCUUCUGGAUAAAUCUACCCACCGCGUCGCUCGCGCUUGUCCUCCUCUUUUUCUUCCUCAACCUCAACCCACAUACGCCGCCGAAGAUCGCCUACCUCAUUUCGACCUUCGACUUCCUCGGUCUGUUCCUUCUUGUCGCCGGACUUGUCGUCCUCCUGGUCGGUUUCACCUCGGGCGAGACGUCGUGGUCGUCAGCACAGACGAUUGCUUGCCUGGUCGUCGGAGUCUGCACCCUCCUCGCGGCCGUCGGCGUCGAACUCAAGACUAAGCGGUCGCCUAUCAUCCCUCCACGAUUGUUCCGCAUCAGGACGAGCGCGGCUCUCCUCAUCGGCGUUUUCUUCCAGGCGUUCGGUUUCAUCCCGCUCUCGUACUACGAGCCGCUCUACUUCCAAGCACUCGGCUCGUCGCCGCUCAUGUCGGGCGUACUCAUGAUGCCCUUUUCGGUCGGCACCGCGCUUUUCGGAGUCGCGUACGGCUUCAUCGUGGCCAAGCUCAAGCGUACGAAGGAGCUCAUCAUCUUGUCGUACCUCAUCUCGACACUCGGCUUCGCGCUCGUCUGCACCCUCGACGAGACCUCGAGUCGAGCCAAGCAAAUGCUCUACCUCCUCGUCGCCGCCCUCGGCAUUGGCCCUCUCUUCCAACUCCCGAUGCUCCACAUCCAAGCCUCCAUGCCCGUCAAAGACAUGGCCACCUCGACCGCCACCCUCGCCCUCAUGCGCUCAGUCGGCGGAACAGUCGGAAUCUCAGUGUCGGGCGCUAUCUAUGCCAGUCAGCUGAAGAAACGGUUGGGAGGUAUUCAGGGGUAUAGUGGGAUGGAGAGUGGUGCGGCGGUCGGAGCGGUACAAGGACUCGUGGAUAUCCAACCGCCGGAACUCCGUCGCCAAGUCCUGAACGCCUACGCCCGCUCUCUAAACUUCCCAUGGAUCAUCUGCACCCCGCUCCUCUUCAUCGGCUUCCUCAUCUCCUUCCUCCUGAAGCACUACUCGAUGGAACGAGCGGCUGUGAAGGCCCCGCGGAAGGGGGAAGUUGUGCCUGAAGAGAGAGGGGAGAAGUUGGAGGAGGUAGGGACGAAGGAGGAUGUAGUGGCGGAGGCGGAGGCGAGCGGGAGGGACCAGCGGGCGGAAGUUGAGGGUACGGAGGAGGUGUGGCAGCGAGAAGGGACGAAGGAGGUUGUUUAG